CCUCCCUAAAUAUAUAACGCUCGAUGAAAUGGCACGUGCGCGCUAUAUAAACGUCGCAAAUAGGAUAACCGUUUAUUUAUUCAGAGAGUGGAAAACCGUCACUGCGUCUCCGAACGCGCGCGUCGCGUUGGUGCUCGAGGAAACCCGGGAAAACUGAUCGACGCGUGCAAUUCCGUCCGCCCGAUUCCCGCGGCACGACGAGUCGCAUCUCCGCGCAAACGAUUUUUCGGCGACACCUUGACCCGCCGUGAAAAAAUUGAUCGACGAGCGAAUAUCGCUGCUGGGUAUCGCGCAGCGAGGAGCAGAGACGGUCCCGGCCGCGAAGCAACCAUGCGUGCCGCGACUAUCAAUUCCGUUGGGCAACCUGGCGACAGAGGCGCAGGUGAAAGACAAUGUAUGUGCGGAGCCCGCGAAACCAAUCGAUCGAUGGUAGUGUGCACGCUUCUUACGCUGUUGGAUCGCGCAUUAGUAUAAAGGGGUUUUGAAAUCGGCAGAGGCCUUCAGUCGAUCGACCGACCCGCCCGAAGAAAUCGCAAACCGCCGCCCCGGGAAGCACACGAGAAGCAUGAAGCUGCUGGAAAGCUACUGCCUGCUUGUUUGCCUCUUCGCUACGAGAGUGCAACCCAGGCCGCAAAUAACGAAGCUGUUCCCGGUGGAGGAACUGUUAGCGUAUCAUGAGCAAGCGAACAAUAUUACGAAGCCGCUGGUAGACAAAUUUCUGGGGAAACUACGCACCACUUACGACCUCAUUUUUCGUCAAGCCGGCAACACCAGCCUGGAGAAGAUCCUGACGAAGAGCGCGUCCGAUUUGCAAUCUCUUAGACUGCACUGGGCCAAUCAGAUUAACCAGGGCAACUACACGGAUCUCAAAUAUCCCAACGACACGUUCCUGGAUCAUGUGAAGUCACUAUCGAUACCGAAGCAUCACGAGAAUCAGAGGAACGCGAGCGGUCUCCAGAAGGAUUCGUCCGUCAAAAUAAAAUCGACGAUCGAGAGGAACGGGAAUAACAGGAAUCUCGCGAGCUCCAGCAAGACGAAAACGCUGAACGACAAUCGGCUGAACGACGUACAGCCUUUGGGACUGCUGGAACUGCAAGAUGAAGAAGUGCCGGAUGCGAGGGCGGAUGUGGAGAUCGUGACGCCGGGAACGACCAUACGACUUUCCACAACAGUGGGUCAGCAACUGAUCGAGUGGCUAGGCUCCAUCUUCGGCCUCACUUACAGUAUUUACACGAAAUUAUCGUCCGCUGCCUGCGGCCACGAGAAGGCGACGCACUGAUAUUGCAGCGACACCGCGCGAGAAAUAUAUAUAAUACAUCCAGAAAAUAUAUCAUCUUUAGCGGAAUGCUCUUAUAUAUAACUUCAAGAGGAUUCAAAAAACAAAAAGAAAAUAUCCUAAGCACGGUAUUCUUAAAGUUGGAGGAAAAUCUCGGAUUUUUUUCCUUUUGAUACAAAAGGUAAAAAUUUUCGUUUAGAAUACGGAAUUACAUUAGAUUACACUUUGCGACCAAAGUUCUUUCUUUUGGGUGUUGGAGUAUUUUUCUUUUGGUUUUAGAAGAAUCCUUUUAAGGCCACAUAUAAGAAAAUUCCACUAAAAAUGAAACUAUAUUUUUUUCGAAUGUAUAUAUGUAUACAUUUUUGAAUAUAUAAAAUGUAUUUAAAAAUUAUAUUCAGAUUAGAAGAGCACAAACGAAAAUGUGAGACGAAGACAAAAAGAGAGACAUAUAUAUUUCUGUGUCUAGAUAUCCCUUUGUAAGUUUAGAUAGUCUAAGUACGUAAAAUGAAACACAUGCAUGAAACAUCGAAUUUUAUACUUAUCCGGUGUAAAGAAAGCACUUCUCUCAUUUUGAAAAGCGAAAUGAGGACGUCGCAUUUGUUACGAGACCGCACGGGCGCCGGUUAAUACGAUACAAGUGUAAAAAUUGCGAGAAUGUCGAAAUGUCGAAAUUCAACCGCGUUGCGGUGUAUUUAGUGCUAAACGCGCGGUAAAAAUACCGCAGAGACGUCCGUAACUUCAUAUCUCUGUACUGUUACGUCAAAUCCCGCGCGCAACACGCUCUCAAAAUGUUCAUAGAGGGAAACAAAUAAAAUUCAUAUUACAACGCUUUUCACAUCUCACCGAUUUUCCAAUUUAACGGCGCGGACGAGACUUGAUUGCACGUAUGAGAUACGAUCAUGCGUUGCAUCAUACCCUCGGAAGUUUCGAGCGCUGAGUCUCGAACGUAAUGCGUAUAACGCACCUGUCUCUACGAUGAGAAUUUAAACCAUAAGAUUUAUGGGCUUUCUACAGUACAUUAUUAGUCAUAAGCCGCAAGUGAAUUGACCAACCACAGUUGAUUAUUCUUGAAGAUGAUAGAUGGAAAAUUUGGUCAAUUCGCUUAUGAUUUAUAACUAGAGUUCUGAAGCAUGAAAAAAUUUCCGGUAAAACUGGAAAAAUUGCAGUUUUUUUUUUUCGGAAAACUUUCCUUUAUUUUUUCCAAAGAAAAAUAUGGCAAAUAUUUAAUUUUUUAUUCCUGUAUGUUUUUUUGCUGCACAUAUCAAAAUCUUAGAGACUGCAGAAAACUACUGUUCUUUAUAUUGACAUAAACUACAUCACAUGCUGUAAUAUUAUUAUAUAUUGUGUUACAUUUGAUAAAAUGCCGAGGUACUUUGUCAGAAAGAAAAAGUCAUCUAUCAAAAAUUUCUUAAACUAUAUUCUUAUUGUAAAACGGGCUUUACUCUACUAUGCUAUGACUUUACAUGCUGUGAAAAAAGUAAAAAAUCUCCCUUUAGCUUUAAAAGGGUGAAUUAAAAGCAAUAUAAUAAAAAAAAUAUUUUUCAUAUUUUUCCAUUUUUUUCGGAAAAUUUCACGGAAAUAAUUUUUUUAGAGAACUUCGAACCCUACUUAACUUUAUGCGAUCGUGAGAACACGAGAAUGAAAACACGCUGCGUGAGAUGUUAUUCGCUUCUUUUAUUCAAAAAUAGCUCGAUCUGAAAAAUACAUUUGUAUGUAUUCCGUAAAUUCACAAUUCGUGUCGCCCCUUCUCUCUUAUUGGCAACGAUUAUAACAAUUCUAGUCGAAUCUGCUGAGUGACGCGACUUCUAGUGGACACACAUAUACACACACACAUACAUGUCGCUUUUCUUUCUUUUUCAUUAAGGUGCGAUCAUCACGCGUCAUCUUGCACACGUGCCUUUGUCUGAUCUUAAUGAGAAACCGCGAAAGUCACUGUCUCAUCUCGAAAAAGACGUUUGAGUCGAGGCAAAACUGUCAUCUGAUUCGAGCAGAGCGACUUAUGCGCGAAGAGGGUGCAGGGAGGAGGGCGGGGGAGGACUCCGACUCCGAUAAAUGACCCUUAGAAUACUGCUGUUUCACACGCAAAUGUGAAAGUCUUUGGUUGUGUCGCACCGACACGAGAGUCCCGUACGUGUCGUAUUUACUAUUUUCUAAUCUCUUACAUCUAACGCACAGAUCCGCUAAACGCACGCACGCACGCACGCACACAUGACACGCACACCUGAUCAGCGUGCGCGAGAGAACGUUAGGAAUACUCUCUCUCUCUCUCUCUCUCCAAACGAUUCUCGGGCAUGCACGAUGCGUAUGAACGAUUCCUCAUGUAUUUGUCGCUAAUACUUAUCCAUACAAAUAAGAGUCGAUUCGUCAAGCGGGCGGAUAGCGUAAAAAUAAUGUCAAGUGCGAACGACUGUUCCUCAAGGCGCGAACCGUCGUCGAUCAAAUCGUCUCAUCGAUCGAAAUCGAAAACAAUCGCACAUGUAUCAUCCCGUCGCACGAGUAAAUCUCCGUAAGCUAUCACAGUUUUUGUGCUAUCUUAGGACCUUUUGCUCGAAACCGAAGUUGAAAUGCAUUUUAAGAAGAAGAGGAUAUGCGAGAAAAUACGAUAAGUGAUCCUCUCCUUGCGAAUAAUUGCGAAACUUACAAACCUAGAUGACCGUUAUAAAUUAAUGCAUAACUUUAAGUUACGCCACUCAAAAGGUCGAUUGCUAAUCUCGAUUGGAUCGAUGUGUUCACUUGUUAUAUUUUUAAGUAUCAACCAGCGACGAUGUCUAAUGCUUGAACUGUAAAAAUCAGCCUUCAAAAGUAAUUAAAAUACGUUUAAAUGCUUAAAACAUAGAAAUAUAUAUAAUAAAAAAGAUGGUAAAUUGUGUCCGAAAAGGAUGAAGGAUUAAAGACGAUAGAGGGGAGACCGGGGCUGGAUAACAUUUUUCAGAAUUUCAACUGUACAAACAUGAUGGACAACUUUCCUCAUGUUUUAUGCCUAUAACGAUAUUGUAAACCCUACAUUUUCUUCUAUAAUAAUCGAAAUAUGAGUGUGUUGCAACGUGGCCAUCUUACUGGUCAAAUCGGCUAACUCGGGGUAAGAAAGCCACGUAUCAAACAUGUAUCCAGAUUAAUAAUUCCGGAGUCUUCACGAGAAGUCAUUAAAAGUCAGUUCUGCCGAUCUUUAAAUAGUGGCCAACUAUAUGUCUGUAUGUAACUCACCCAUAUACAUACUCGAUUUCAAUGAGUUUAAAAAUGAAACUUGCUUUUGUUACUAGAUAUGAGAACAUUGAUAUCAAAUUAUAAAAAAAUUAUAUUAAUAACAUAAAAUACAAUUAUAUAAGCUAAUGUAUCGAGAUAUUACAGAAGAAAAUAUACAGGAAAUUUACAAGAUCGCUGCGGGAAUAAAAACAUAGAGGAAAACUGUCUUUAUCAUAUUUGCACAGUUAAUCACAAUUAGUUGUAAUAUUUUAUAUACACAUAUAUAUAUACAUAUAUAUAUAUGUACAAAUUUAUUAUAAUUAUAUUAAUAACAGAUUUUGAGAUGCUCGAAAAUGUACUUUGCUACUCUUAAACUAAAUUAGUUGUCUCUAUUUUUUAACUAUAAUAUAAUCUUGAUUUUAAUAAAAUUCAGUAAAAAGUAUCUAUACUAUAAAAAGGAAAUUUUGUGGUUUCACUUUUCCACUGUUCCUCUCAUGAAAUAAAUACAUAAAUAGAACAUAUGGACGACAUAUCCUUUAUACUGCCAAUUAGCCCCGAUCUCUUCUCGAUUUGGAUGGUUAAAAGGUGAUUUGUAGUUGACAGACCAAUGCAAAUCACUCGAAAAAAUGUAUCGCUUAAAUCUGUUUACUGCACGGAAAAAAAUGGUCGUGUUCACCAGAAAAAUAGUAAAAUAUGACAUAGCUUUUUUUCUGACUUCAAGAAUCAAUCCUUGAUUGCAUUGACCUACCGAUUUGUUGCCUUAAAAAUGCAUCUUUCACGAAUUGCAGUGCUAACGAAUGAUGUCGCAUAGAUCAACAUAACCAAGAAUUAAACCAAGAAAUAAAAGCUACGCCAUAUUUUACUAUUUUCUAGUUGACACAAUCAUUCCUUUUUUUUCUUGUGUGUGACACAACAUUUUCUCGCGCUUGAGAACACCAAUUUCGGAUUGCUGCGAGGUAAAUAUCUCAUACAUGCGUUUCGGAAUACGAUUCUCGACCUCCAUUGCGUCAACUUAGAUAAAAACCGCUAAACAUUAUUUGAGGUAUCUGCGUUAGGAAUACUUUCUUCCCGGAAAUUCGAUCAAAAUGGUUAACUUCUGCUAUUCUCGACACAACGGACAGAUCGGAUAUCGAGAUUCGUCCAAUUGGAUAUCUCCUCUCAUUACUUAAAACGUCUACAUCUAUGUACAUAAUUUAAUUUACAAGUAUCAGUAACGAAAUUACUGGCAGUACACGAUGUGUACAUUGAUACUAAAGUGCCAAACUCGCGAGUAUCGUGCUGUUAUCGUGUGUUCCCGAGAUCCGUCGAUAUCACGUUGAAUGACCGGUUACAUUCGCUCCACGUUUCACCAGUUUCUAGUUAAAAUCGAAAAAAGCGCGCAACGAAAAAUUGUCCGAUACGAUAAAGCACGAGAAACUCUCGAAUUUACGCACCGUCAAUUUUUUUUUUUUCUUUUUUUAUCGCUCAUUCGACGUGGACAUGCAUUGUCCCAAAAAAGACAAAAUCUCGUUGUUCAAAAAGUGGAACAACUUUCCAAAAUGUUAUAACUCCGAAAUCGAUAUAACGAGAAAUUGUUACACUUUGAGAGUUUCGAGAUUUUUCAGAAUAAUGCAUACCUAUCAAUCAUUUUUUCGAGCGACACGUUAUUCUCUAGUGGCAGAUUGACUUCCCCCAACACGCAUUUUCGCAUUAUGAAUUAAUGUGAAAUUUAAUUAUUUACGCGACUUUUCAACCUACUUAUCUUACUUAUCAUACUUACGCUUUACACGGAAAAAGUUCUCCCGGAAAAUCUUAGCAUUUCUAAAUUGAAAAACCAUACUGGCAUGUUCGGCUAGGGUAUACUCAUAACAUUAGAAAUACUUGAAAGUGAUACAAUAUAGAUGCAUAGAUAUAUAAGAUUAAAAAUCGUAGGAAAUCUUAGCGGAAAAUGUCAAGGCUUAUAUGAUGCCUAAUGUGUGUUUGGUAAAUUUUUAUACAAAAAAAUUAAAAUGACGUGUCCGAACAAACUUCUAGUUAAUUACCGCAAUAUAUAAAAUUUAGCUUAUGAAUAUAUGUAUAGUCAUAAUUGAAUGAAUGAAUAUAGUUAAUAGACUUCGUAUGAAUAUAUCUCAGUCGAGCGCGAUACAGUAUGGUAUAUUAUUAGACAAAAAUCUCCCCCGUAUGCUUGUCUUAUCUAGUUUGCAGUACUUGUCUACUUAACUGAGAGCAGACCAAUUUAUUAAUGAAAUUUAUCACGAGCUCAGCGGUUGUGAUUUUGCAUAAAUGGACUAGAAUCGUUGGGAAAAAUUACGACCGCUAAUUUAAGUGAGACCGAAUAAUGAAUAGACACGCGUGAAUCAAUUUUGAUGAUAAUCAAAAAAUCAGAUAACCAUCAGUCUAUGAUGUAUGGCGUGUUUUAGAAUUAUAAGUAAAGAGACUUAUACUGCAAUUCUAGACAAAAUCGUAAAAUUCGUAACUUGUUCUCGUAAGACUCGUAAGAAUGAGGAGAUCUGCAAUUCUAUACGGACCGCAUAUCAUAUAACUCGUAAAUAUCUACAAUUUUUUUUUUUUCGUAAGCUACGACUUUACGAUUUUACGAUUUACUCGUAUAUUUACUUAGAAUUGCAGCAUUAACUGGCUAAUGGAACUUGAAAAAAAGACAAAUAAAAAACUGCUAAUAAAUAUAGAUCUACAAACUAUUCGUUUUCGAGAUAUUCAAUAUUUUCAUUUGCAUAUAAAGCAAUAGUUCUCUAUACAAUUGCACAUACCGUGGAAUCAUUAAUACCUCGAAAAGUAUCAACGUAAUGUGGAGAACGAGAACCGUAUUUCGCAAUGUGUGUUGUACGAGACAAUAUUGAAUCUGAUUAGCAUGAUCUGAUUUAUGUGUGAGACAACCAUACUAUUUUUUCCGUGAUAUGAAAAUAAUAUUUUUACGCACGAAAGAAAACCGUGUCAAUAAAUAAAUUUAUAUUUA